AUGUAUUGGUUUCUUGUGUAUCUGCUUCUUCACUACUUGUCAGCACAUGGCAAAUCAAUUAUUUGUGUGCAGAAACUAGGCAUUACACUCUCCCAAGAGCGGAACCCUGGGACCUCGCUCGCGCAUGCAACGUCAUCCCUGAGCCAGGCGGCGCUGGAUGCGUUAGGGGCGUCGUCGGGGGCGCGCACAGUCGUCGACCUCGACACAACAGCCUGCGUCUCCCAUCUCUCCGUACCCGCCCUCCUCGACUUCGUUGACGCCCGCCAUCGCCCCCCCAUGUUGCUAUAUGAGCUCGCCGCGGCCCACGACGGUAUGGAACCGGAUGCCAACCUCUUCGUCUGCAACCCCCUCAGCGCCCAGCUGGUCCGCCUCCUGUCCCCGGCAUGGAUGUCCCAAGAUGAGCACCUCUUUCGCCUGUUAGCAAAUAAGCCACGACGGGCAUGUGCAGUGCGCGCGCGCGCGCGCUGAACGUUCGGUGCAGUCUGUGAUCGCGUCGUGUGAGUGUCUGGCCAUAAUCCGACCAUUGUUUGGACGGUCCGACUUGGGUAUGGCCAUUAUCUGGGGCAUGUCCAGAUAGCGUGUGUGUGUGCGUGCGUGUGCGCAUCCAUCGGACGGGAGUAGGACUAGGUCCAGGUGUUUACGGGAUCGCGAGGUGGGCGUGACAGUUGCGGGCUUGCCGCGAGCCGUGCGCGUGGUGGCCGCAGGCGGAGCGGGCCGAUCGAGGCACCGACUGGGUAGGGAUCGUGCGGAUCGUGCCCAGCUAUAAAAGGCCUCGAGCUGAUCAUUGUAAUUGUGUGGUGUUUGGGUUCGUGCUCGAGGAUUGCCGUUCGAGUGGUAGGCAUAUGUGCGUCGGAAA